CUCCCGUGGCGGUGGCUGGAGUCUGACGUGGUCCAAGCGAACCAAAACACAAAGGGGGAAGGAGGCGCCGCCGUUGUCGCAGCUGGGCCGCUGACGCUCCGUCUCUCGCCUCCCUCAGAAUUAGAACAGCGCCUUCCAGCAACAGAGUGACGCUGGACCCCAGAUCUCCUAAUGAACACUCCAAGCAGCUGCAUAUAGCUAUACAACAUUGGGGACUUGGUGUGGAACGCAGUAGGUCAAUUGCCAAGAGUCCAAGGAAUGGGCAUCUAACGCUGUGCUCAGAAAUCUACCCUGCAGUGCACUGAAGAGCCAACCAUAGGUCCAUCUGAGUAACCAUGGCAGAAGGUGGAUUUGAUCCUUGUGAAUGCAUUUGUUCGCAUGAACAUGCUAUGAGGAGGCUGAUCAAUCUGUUACGACAAUCGCAAUCCUACUGCACAGACACAGAAUGCCUUCAGGAAUUACCAGGACCAAAUCCAUCUGCUGACAAUGGCAUCAGUGUUACCAUGAUAAUUCUGGGCUGGCUGGUUCUGGCAUUUGUCUUGUAUUUGAUGAGGCCUGCUAACCUAAGGAGAUCAAUUACAGCUGAAAAGCCAUCCAGCCCACAUAAUGGACAGGAACCACCAGCUCCACCUGUAGACUAACCCAUACUGAAAAAGGUCAACCACUGUUUUCUUGAACAACCAAAAGAACGAGCGUUAUUGGAAUACCCCUUAUCUCUACACAACAUAGUUCUGUACAUUUGAAAUCCUUUUUUGCUUUUUCUGUGAUCCUUCAUAGAAUAUUAUAUUUGAAUAAAUUAACAUAUGUGGUAGGAGGUGAUUAGCAUUUUGGUGAUGUCUGUUAAAGCUACAUUCAUUGCCCCUUGCAGUAAUAGCUGAAAGAAAAUUAAAACCUCUGUAUUUAACUAUUUGAUCUUUUUCAAACUAAUAUUCUUUCUUUUAUAUGGUUGAACUUGCAACCCUGGGCACAAUCCACUAGCAGUAUCUCUGUGCAUCCCAUUUAUUGGGGGACUCAUGCAGAAGUUUCUGGUUGAUUGUACCCAUUAUCUGAACUUUAAUGUAGAAUAAUCCAAACUGUAUUUUAUUAGUAUAACUUUAUGUCUGCUGACUAGAAUUGAUAUUUUAUGAGUAGAUAACAGUGGGGAUGUGGGCAAUGAGAUAUUUGGCAAACUCUGGAAUGAGUGGCCACUAUGCCCAUCAUUGGCUGUACACCUUCAUGCAGUGCCCAGGACUUUAUUUCCUAAGUCUUAAAUGGUGGGGCAGCAGCAUGGUGUGUGUAAAAGGAUGCACUUGUGGGAUUUUCCCCUUCUGAAGUUGUUGAGAAAUUUUUACAGCCAAGAAUCAUUCUGUGUAGACUGUGCCUGGAAGUCUGGAUCAGAAUAUAUAUUAAUAUUUUAUUCAUAGAAGAAAAAUUAGUAAUCAGAACAAGCUUGUUCUAUUUGGAAAUGGAUGCUAUUAGAUUCGUCCUAUGUGUUUUCCUAUCUAUAACUCUAAUGCUGUUAGUUUCACAGGGAUAGCUGAAUUACUAGUGGCUCAGUCUUGGUGUGCCAGAAAACAUAUGCUUUGAAUAGUACUAACUAGUCACUGGUCUAGUGCAGCAUUAUAAGCUAUGCCAUGCAAUCACUGCUAAAAUGUUAAGGCCAGUAUCAUUUUUAAAGAUUAGAUGCAAUUCUAAACAUUGUGACUUUAAAACAGACCUUCCCAAAAUCACUGGGAUUUAUUUCUAAGAAAUGUGUUAAGUCUACGUCUCACAAGAGGCACUUAAUUUUCUAAAAAUUGUCCAUGUCUGUGUGAUAACAUUACUCCGAUCAACAUUUAUUUUAACUUAACAUUUUCAUACUCUUUGGAACAGCAUGCCACAGCUGUGCCUGUAGGACAGGGGUGGGCCUCCAACUGCCAUCAUCCCGUACCAUUGACUGUGCUGGCAAGGGCUGGAACAUCUAGAGGGCCACAAGUUGCCCAACCCUGUUCAGAGGCGAAAAUCCAAUUGCCAUGUUUUCAAUGGAUGGCACUCGGCAAGUGACAGUGUACUUCUUAUAGUUGUUCCCAGCUGUUCACAAAAAUAUAAAAUAUUAUUUGCAUAUAUUAAAUAUAUGUGACUGCCAUUUGUUUAAAUUUUGUUCUGUAUAUUAUCAUAUUAUUUAUAUUCACCACUAAAAUGAGACAAAAAGGUUCACUUAUAAGAGCACCCUAGGGUUUCUUAAAAAGGAAUGUGCAUGCAGUUAGUGAGAAAGUGUUGCUUCAGUACUUAAGUGUUUGUACAAAAAAGUAGAUAGAAUUUCCAGCAACUGAAAUGUGUAGGUGCCCUUCUAUGUAAUAUAAAAACAUCCAGAGUUUAGGUGGUAACAUUCCUAGAAUUCCUGGUAGCCUAGAAUUCUGCCAUCUCAGUAUGUAUAAGGAUAAUACAUAAAAUGACUUUAAGGCAGAAAGUGUACUUAAGUUGGCACAUUUAAACAGAUGCUUCAGUGAGGCAUAAUUCAUAGUUGCCAGCAAUGGAAUGUAAAUCUUGUCAUUUACAUUCUCAUGUGUUCCCACUUAGCCUUCCUCCAAAAUUCUUCCUUAUUCUUGCCAUGAUAACAAGGAAAAUCUAAGAUUAUUUGGUAUGCAAGCAUAACUAGGGGUGCAUGUACUUCCAAAUUAAUUAUUGAUAAGGAAAGUUGCUUGCAUGUGUUAAGUAAUUUAAGAACUUUGUGUGACCCAAUUCUAUGUGUGUGUUUACUGGGAAAUGUCCUAUUAUGUCCAUUAAGUCUUUUUCCAAGUAAGUGUGCAUAAGUUUGCAGCCUUAGUGAUACAGUGAAAAAUAAACUACCAGUUUUUCUUGAUCAUGUUAAAAGAGAACUUACAGUUCCAUAUAUAUGAAGCUUCUUCCCAACAAGAGUAUAGCAAUUCAGCAAGACUACAGUAAUUUAGCUUUUGAUAAUUAGAAUAGCCCAAAGGCACAAUCCUAUGCAGUUCAGACAGAAAAAAGUAUAAAUUCCUAGCAAGCCACAGCUGGCUGGCUGGCAUCCUGGGAGUUUUAGGACAUGUUUUUGUUUAAACGAAUCCUUUUAUUUAUUUUAUUUUAUUUUAAUGUGUAUGCCUACCCCCAUUCUAUGCUACAUUGGCAUUGUUCCUAUAACAAAGAACUGAAAGAAAAAUAUUCCUAGCAGCUUUCCACCUUGUCAUGUAACAAUUAAACCAGUUUCAUUGAGUUGGAUCCAAAGUAAGCAUGUGUAAGAGGACAGUGGAAGCUGAAUUCUCUUCUCCCUUCUCAUGGCAUUUCUCCAAAUCCCUUGGAAAAACUUUACCAAGAGUUGUGGGACUACACUGAAUGGAGUGGUCUGAUGGGAACCCCCCAAAAUCAAGUGGCAGCAACUUCAGUGAAUAUAGUUCCACUUGUGAAGGUGCCGCUACCUGAUUUGGCAAGGGGUGGAAUUCCCUCGCCUCAUACCAUACUCUACUGUAUUGGAGUCUCUUAAUACUCAGAGCAGUUUUGAUGGGUGGUUAAGGAAAAGACAGGGAAGUCAGCUUCAGCCAUAUUCGUUACACAUGAAGCACUCUGGAUCAAAGUCAUUAUGUUUGUACAGUACAUGUACAAGGUUCUCAAAUGGUGUCGUGGCAGGUUGUGCACUUCUGAGGGGAGGGGGAAUCCAGUAACAAAUUAACAUCUCUCAUCUAUUACAGCUGAAUUUAGACAAGGUAGAUCAGUUUGUAAAUGUAGUGUUCACUAAAUUCAUGGUGCCCCAGAAGCUGCCAAAUUAAUUCCAGAAGUUGUGCUUGGUAUGCUCUAAGAUGGUAUUUUCAAACUUUUAAAGCUUCAGAGAACCCAUUCUACAUUGACUCAUCUGUCACUGGAACUGCAUUAAAUAUGUUUCUGGGACAUGUUCUUAUCGUCCCAUUAUUUGAAUAGGCUAGGCCCUGAAUAUUGCCAGUAUUUUGUAUGGAAUUCCGAAGUCAAAGGAUGGCUCUGUUCAGUGCAGGCUAUUUAAAUGCAGGGGAUUCAGAGUUUAAAUGCUUCUGAAUUCCCUCUAACCUCUGAUUAUAGGUACACCAUAAUAGCAUGUAGCAUGUGAGGCUGUGUCUACCCUGCAGGCCUAAGAUUCUACACCCCUACUCUAAAAUGUUAAACUUUUGUAUAGUGCUAGUAGUGAAUAGGCUGCCUUUUAGGCAUAUUCAUCCAUCAUGACUAAUCUUAUUGCUCAAACCCGGAGAUGUUUCCAUGGCACCCAAAAGUUGUCCAAAUAGUUUGAGAACCACUUUAAAGAUUUUAGACAUAGGGAAACAAUCUGUUCAAAAUAUGGACUGUCCAGUUUUGAGGACAAGGAAAUAAUCCAGUAAAAUGUCCAAAUUGUAUUCUUUAUCCUGCUCCAAUGUAAUGCACAGAAUACUGUGAGGAUAAUUUCAGGAAGAAACUCAUCGUUUUAGCAACUGCCAGUGCCUCCUUAGAAGAUUAGCCUUUCUUAUAGGAACCAUGGUAUUAGAAAAUGGUAUGUCCAAACGCUUAGGUAAUCUUCAGAGGCCUCAAGUCAGUUAACACAAUGAAGUUAGGGGGUGACUACAAAAGAGGAGAGCCUUUUUAGUUCUGGCACUGCACUUAUGUUCUCCCCAAGGGGGUUUACCUGGCACCCAUGCUUAUCUUCUGUGUUCCAGGCAAAGACAAGUCCCUUCUCCCAUUCAUUUUUUAAAUCAUUGUACUUGUUUUUAAACCUAUUUUAUUAUAUGAACUUUCCUGAGAACUUUUUGUUAUAGUGUGGCAUAUAAAAUAAGUCAGUGUGGCAUAGUGGUUGGGUGUUCAACUGGGACUGAGAAGAACUGAGUUCAAAUGGCCACACUGCUUUGAAGUUCAUUGAGUGACUUUGGUUCAGUCAGCCUAACUUACUUCAUAGGAUUGCUAUGAGGGUAAACUGGAGAGGAUCAUUUUGGACUCUGUGCAAGAAAAGGCAAGAUACAAAUGUAAAAAUAAACAUAUAUGAAAUGUACAGUGCUCAGCUAGUAAGACAGAGAAGUUGAUGGGAUAGAAAAAAAGCAAGUUUACAAUUUAUGCUUUAGUUUAUAACAUUUUUUCUUGCUCUAAAUUAACAAACUAGACAUGAUGUUGAAGUUCCAUGAUUAGGAUAUCUCACAUUAUUUUUUUAAAUAGUGCCUACAGGAUGAUGGUGGAACUGAAUUUGGGCUGUGAUAGAGUAGCCUUCUUACUCCUGUUUUCUUAAUUAAAAUCACCUCCAACUG